AGAGACGUCCACAGCCCCCACUCCUACAGCUCGCACAUUGGGUGUGAUUAUGGAGGAAGAGGAGGAAGAGAUGUCCACAGACCCCACUCCUACACCUCGCACAUUGGGUGUGAUUAUGGAGGAAGAGGAGGAAGAGGAGGAAGAGACGUCCACAGCCCCCACUCCUACACCUCGCACAUUGGGUGUGAUUAUGGAAGAAGAGGAGGAAGAGACAUCCACAACCCCCACUCCUACACCGUGCACAUUGGGUGUGAUUAUGGAGGAAGAGAAGGCAGAGACCUCCACAGUCCCAACUCAUCCACCUCUCACAGGGGGUGAGACUAUGGAGGCAGAGGAGGCCGAGACAUCCACAGCCCCACCUCCUUCACCUCUCACAGGGGGUGAGAUUAUGGAGGCAGAGGAGGCUGAGACAUCCACAGCUCCAACUCCUUCACCUCUCACAGGGGGUGAGAUUAUGGAGGCAGAGGAGCCCGAGACGUCCACAGCCCCAACUCCUUCACCUAUCACAGGGGGUGAGAUUAUGGAGGCAGAGGAGGCCGAGAUGUCCACAGCCCCAACUCCUUCACCUCUUAAAGGGGGUGAGAUUAUGGAGGCAGAGGAGCCAGAGACAUCCACAGCCUCAACUCCUUCACCUCUUAAAGGGGGUGAAAUUAUGGAGGCAGAGGAGCCAGAGACCUCCACAGCCCCAACUCCUUCAAUUCCCACUUGGGCUGAGAUUAUGGAGGCAGAGGUGGAAGAGACGUCCACAGCCCCCACUCCUACACCGUGCACAUUGGGUGUGAUUAUGGAGGAAGAGAUGUCCACAGACCCCACUCCUACACCUCGCACAUUAGGUGUGAUUAUGGAGGAAGAGGAGGAAGAGACGUCCACAGCCCCCACUCCUACACCUCGCACAUUGGGUGUGAUUAUGGAAGAAGAGGAGGAAGAGACAUCCACAGUCCCAACUCAUCCACCUCUCACAGGGGGUGAGACUAUGGAGGCAGAGGAGGCCGAGACAUCCACAGCUCCAACUCCUUCACCUAUCACAGGGGGUGAGAUUAUGGAGGCAGAGGAGCCAGAGACAUCCACAGCCUCAACUCUUUUACCUCUCACAGGGGGUGAAAUUAUGGAGGCAGAGGAGGCAGAGACCUCCACAGUCCCAACUCCUUCAAUUCCCACUUGGGUUGAGGUUAUGGAGGCAGAGGAGGGAGAGACCUCCACAGUCCCAAAUCCUACACCUCUCACUUGGGCUGAGGUUAUGGAGGAAGAGGAGGCAGAGACCUCCACAGUCCCAACACCUUCAAUUCCCACUUGGGCUGAGAUUAUGGAGGAAGAGGAGGAAAAGACGUCCACAGCCCCCACUCCUACACCACACACGUUGGGUGUGAUUAUGGAGGAAGAGGAGGAAGAGCAGGAAGAGACGUCCACAGUUCCAACUCCUACAUCUCUCACUUGGGCUGAGAUUAUGGAGGCAGAGGAGGCAGAGACCUCCACAGUCCCAACUCCUUCAAUUCCCACUUGGGCUGAGAUUAUGGAGGCAGAGGUGGAAAAGACGUCCACAGCCCCCACUCCUACACCUCGCACAUUGGGUGUGAUUAUGGAGGAAGAGGAGGAAGAGACCUCCACAGCCCCCACUCGCACACCUCGCACAUUGGGUGUGAUUAUGGAGGAAGAGGAGGAAGAGACUUCCACAGUCCCCGCUCCUACACCGUGCACAUUGGGUGUGAUUAUGGAGGAAGAGGAGGAAGAGAUGUCCACAGCCCCCACUCCUACACCUCGCAUAUUGGGUGUGAUUAUGGAGGAAGAGGAGGAAGAGACGUCCGCAGCCCCCACUCGUACACCUCACACAUUGGGUGUGAUUAUGGAGGAAGAGACAUCCACAGCCCCCACUCCUACACCGUGCACAUUGGGUGUGAUUAUGGAGGAAGAGGAGGAAGAGCCGUCCACAGCCCCCACUCCUACACCAUGCACAUUGGGUGUGAUUAUGGAGGAAGAGGAGGAAGAGACGUCCACAGCCCUCACUCGUACACCUCGCACAGUGGGAGUGAUUAUGGCGGAAGAGAUGUCCACAUCCCCCACUCCUACACCUCACACAUUGGGUGUGAUUAUGGAGGAAGAGGAGGAAAAGACGUCCACAGCCCCCACACCUACACCUCGCACAUUGGGUGUGAUUAUGGAGGAAGAGACAUCCACAUCCCCCACUCCUACACCGUGCACAUUGGAUGUGAUUAUGGAGGAAGAGGAGGAAGAGCCGUCCACAGCCCCCACUCCUACACCAUGCACAUUGGGUGUGAUUAUGGAGGAAGAGGAGGAAGAGCCGUCCACAGCCCCCACACCUACACCAUGCACAUUGGGUGUGAUUAUGGAGGAAGAGACAUCCACAUCCCCCACUCCUACACCGUGCACAUUGGGUGUGAUUAUGGAGGAAGAGGAGGAAGAGCCGUCCACAGCCCCCACUCCUACACCAUGCACAUUGGGUGUGAUUAUGGAGGAAGAGGAGGAAGAGCCGUCCACAGCCCCCACUCCUACACCAUGCACAUUGGGUGUGAUUAUGGAGGAAGAGGAGGAAGAGACAUCCACAGCCCUCACUCGUACACCUCGCACAUUGGGAGUGAUUAUGGAGGAAGAGACGUCCACAUCCCCCACUCCUACACCUCACACAUUGGGUGUGAUUAUGGAGGAAGAGGAGGAAAAGACGUCCACAGCCCCCACACCUACACCUUGCACAUUGGGUGUGAUUAUGGAGGAAGAGGCAGAAGAGACCCCCACAGUCCCAACUCCUACACCUCUCACAGGGGGUGAGAUUAUGGAGAAAUAGGAGGCAGAGACACCCACAGUCCCAGCUCCUACACCUUUAACGUGGGCUGAUAUAGUGAAAAAGUUUGCGAGUCCGACUGAGGAGGUUAAAAAGAAGAAGCUCAAAGAGUUCAAGAAGACGCAGGCUUCCAGCCAGUGGCUGCCAGAUCAACCAGUGGCUGCCGAAACCAAGAAGUUCCCCGUGGACAAGUCUCACCACAACAAAAACACCAAGGUGAUGAUGGAGAAUGGCUGCUUGAAAGGAUUUGGCUUCAUUCAUUUUUCAUCUUCAAUGGAAGCCAUGGUGGCCAUUAAAGGAGUGAAUGGGAAAAUGUUGGGCAAGAAGCUGGUGCAUGUAGCUCUCUCUAAGAGCAGAGAGGAGCGCAAGCCUUACCUCGCCCAGGAAGUGCAGAGGGCGUUCAGCAAUAUUAUUGAAUGUGUCUAUUCUUAAUAAAUAAAGCACAUUUAGAGACAAUACUUUUGAAUGCAAUAUUAUGAUCUAGAAUAAUGCAAUAAUAAUACAGUUUUGCAAUAAAUUUAUAU